AUGGAGAAUCUAGUGCUGGCAAAACGAGCUGCAUCUGGCGCAGAGCCGCCUGCUCCACACUGGAGUGUUAUCAUCAGCGUGGUAACGGUGAUGAAGAAAGGGCUUGAGCCGAAAGCCAUCAAAACCCACUAUACCGAGGAAGACGUGGACGAUUUGCUAGAAGACCUACGGCAGGAAAUGGUCUCGCUCAAAGAGGAGACCGGAGCUAACAAAAAACACAUUUCUGAACUGGCGCGCCAGGUCACUGCCAUACAAAAUGUCGUGCUCGACGAGAGCUCAGUGCAAAACACUGAGUUGAAGACAUGGCAGCCCACUUAG